AUGGCAAUGAAAGAAAAUGCCAACAAAUGCACGAUAUAUGUUGGCGGACUAGAUGACCAAGUCGACGAAAAGGUUUUACACGCCGCUUUCAUUCCCUUUGGUGAAAUAGUUGAAAUACAAAUACCCCCGGACCCUGCUUCUCACAAUCAACAUCGUGGAUUCGGGUUUGUUGAGUUUGAGGAAGAGACGGAUGCACAAGCUUCCAUUGAUAAUAUGCACUUAUCGGAAUUGUAUGGAAAAGUGAUUAAAGUUAAUCUAGCAAGACCGAUGCGAAUCAAAGAGGGCAGUUUGAGAGCCGGUAAUUAUUGA